AUGUACAUGUUCUCUAAAACCCCAAGUGAGACAGCAGUAGCAAAUGGAAAAUGUGCUAUUUAUAAACAACAACUACAGCAACAACAACAACAGCAGCAGUAUCAACAGCCACAACAACAACAGCAGCAGCAACAGCAGUGUGAUAAUAAUAUUGUGUAUAAUGACAACAACGACAUUGAGCUUUAUAUCGAUUCAAACAGUCGUAGCAGUGGUGAUUUAGCUGAUACAGAAUUGGAGGCGAAUUUACGGCAUCAUUCUCGCAAUUUCACAUUGUCUCCAGAGACAACUGAUUACGAUUCCAAUUGUGGCGAUUUAGACAGUCUUUCAAAUGAUAUUAAUUGUACCACGGACUAUGGCAAAUUAUACACAAGUAUGCCCGUUUUAGAAGAUGGCCUAUCAAGUGGUCAUGCCUCGGAUACUGAAAAUAAUUGUCAAAAUAAAUACGAAACAAAUGGUGAUGAUAAUGGCAGUUGUGAGGGUGAAUUAAAUGAGAAACAUCUACAGCAACAUCAUCAUCAUCAGCAGCAUCAACAAGAAAUGUUAGAACAAAAUAAAUAUAAUAAUAGUUUGACACAAGAGUGUUUGGAGAAUAAUUAUAGCGCAGCGGCCGUAGCUAAUAAUUUAAUAACAAAUUUGGUAAAUAUUGAUGAUUGUGUUAGAGUUGAGGGAGGAUUGAAUGUUGUGAGUGGUUUAAUUGAUGUUGAUGAAUUGAAUACAUGUAAAAUAUUCCAACAACAACAACAGCAGCAGCAUCUGUUGCAUCAUCAGCAAAGUCAGUGUAAUGAUUUAAUGAAUACCGAUAGUGGUUGUUGCAAUUUAUCAUCUCUUAAUACAUCCAACGAAUUAAGCAACGAUUCUUCAAAUUACGAACCUAUAUAUGCUACAGUUAAUAAACAUUCACAACAACAACAGCAGCAACAACAACAAUCACCACCACCCCCACCAGCUCCACAACCUCAUCGGCAGCAGCAGCAACAGACACGUGUUAAGCAUCCAGGUCGUGCCGAAUCAGUUGAGAUACAAGAAGCAAUGAAAGAAAUACGUUCUGCUCUACAAAGAGCUAAAACUCAACCGGAAAAAUUGAAAUUUUGUGAUGAAGUCUUACCUCCAGGUCCAGAUUCACCCAUAUGGGUGCCACGUAAAAAUAAUGCAGAUUGUAAUAAUAUAAACUCUGCUAAUAAAUCACACUGUGAUGAAGAAGAACAAGAUACUGAUCUAGAAACUGAUCGUUUAUUGGGACAACAAAGAACCGAUGAUCAAGGUUUUUUUGAUGACAAAACAAUUUGGCCUAAAACCUCACGCAUAGGUUCUGGUCUUAACUCUUGCGAACAUUCACCCACAUCAUCGGAUAUCACCAAUAAUUUACAUCACAAACCACAACCCUUCUCAUCGGCUACCAUACGCCAGGGUAUAGGCACAUCUUUAACACCAAAUUCACCCGAUCAUUGUCAAAUUGUGGGCGGCUCUGAUGUAGCUGUAACUUCACCAGAAAAAUUGCAAUAUACUAAAAGUCCCACGGGCUCUAUAAAAUCUCUUAAGGAUUCAGCUAAUAGUGAUAAAAAAGCUAAAACACGCAAUAAAGAGGGUUUUUUGGAUCCGGCAGUAUUAAUUGAAGGUGUGCUAUUUCGUGCCCGUUAUUUAGGCUCUACACAAUUAGUAUGUGAGGGUCAACCCACAAAAUCUACACGAAUGAUGCAGGCCGAAGAGGCGGUAUCACGUAUAAAAGCUUUGGCACCCGAAGGCGAAAAUCAACCUUCUACCGAAGUCGAUUUAUUCAUAUCAACCGAAAAGAUUAUGGUCCUUAAUACAGACCUCAAAGAAAUCAUGAUGGAUCAUGCUUUACGUACCAUUUCCUAUAUUGCCGAUAUUGGUGAUUUAGUUGUAUUAAUGGCACGUAGAAGAUUUGUCCAUUCCGAUCCUUGUUCGACGGCGGCAGACAACGAAUCAUCCGCUGGUAAUGCUAAAGAUAAAGAUUCCAAAGAGAAUGGUUCCACAACUGCCGCGUCAAACAAACAGAAUCGUACACCAAAAAUGAUUUGUCACGUUUUCGAAAGUGAUGAAGCUCAAUUUAUAGCUCAAUCCAUAGGUCAAGCCUUUCAGGUGGCCUACAUGGAAUUCCUUAAAGCCAACGGUAUUGAAAAUGAGAAUUUAGCUAAAGAAAUGGAUUAUCAGGAGGUGCUCAAUAGCCAAGAGAUAUUUGGUGAUGAAUUGGAAAUCUUUGCUAAAAAAGAAUUACAAAAAGAGGUUGUCGUACCAAAAGCCAAAGGUGAAAUUCUGGGUGUUGUCAUCGUAGAAUCCGGAUGGGGCUCUAUGUUACCCACAGUUGUUAUUGCAAAUCUUAUGUCUGGUGGUGCGGCUGCUCGUUGUGGCCAGUUGAAUAUUGGAGAUCAAUUGAUAGCGAUUAAUGGCUUAAGUUUAGUUGGUCUUCCUUUGUCAACAUGUCAGAAUUACAUACGUAAUGCUAAAAAUCAAACGGCGGUUAAAUUUACUGUUGUACCAUGUCCUCCAGUGGUUGAGGUGAAAAUAUUGCGUCCUAAAGCACUAUUCCAAUUGGGUUUUAGUGUUCAGAAUGGAGUGAUUUGUAGUUUAUUACGCGGCGGUAUAGCGGAACGUGGUGGUGUUCGAGUUGGUCAUCGUAUUAUAGAAAUUAACAAUCAAAGUGUUGUGGCUGUGCCACACGAUACCAUUGUCAAACUCCUGUCAUCCUCUGUGGGAGAGGUAAGUGUGAAAGUUUUCUUUUUUUUAAUAUUUUUCUUAUAUGAUUUUUUGAACGAGUUAAUACCUGACUAUAGACUAGACUAUAGACUAGACUAUUUUCAAAAUCUCCUAUAUAACACCGCAUAA